GGAUGCCAUCGUGCCUUUCCAAUCCUCAUCAAUCGGUCUGUCAUACCAUUGUCUGUUUAGACCAAUACGUUUUCAUAGCCGUAUCGCCAGAGAUUUUUGGUCUUAGCUGAGCUGACGACGCUGCUACUUUUUUUUUGGGAAUCGUGACAAUGCCUCUUGCGAAUCCGUUGAAUCUGCCCAAGUGGCUUGCAAAGAACUCGCAUCUUCUUAAGCCUCCAAUCAACAACUACUGCGUGUAUCGUGGUGGAUAUACUGUCAUGAUCGUCGGAGGCCCGAACCGGAGAACAGACUACCACAUCAAUCAGACGCCGGAAUGGUUCUACCAGUACAAAGGCAGUAUGCUGCUAAAAGUGGUCGACGAGGGCAAAUUUAAGGAUGUCCAUAUACAUGAGGGAGAUAUGUUUAUGCUUCCCGAAAACGUCCCCCACAACCCCGUUCGAUUCCAGGAUACGGUCGGAAUCGUCGUCGAGCAGCUACGGCCCAAAGACUCGGUUGACAAACUACGCUGGUAUUGUCAAAACUGCCAAGAGAUUGUACACGAAGACGGGUUUCACUGCACUGAUCUCGGCACUCAGAUCAAGGAAGCUGUGCUGGCGUUUACGGAUAACGCCGAUCUGAGGACGUGCAAAAAGUGUGGGACUCUGUGCGAUGUUAAAUAAGGAGCUGUAAUGCCUUUUGCGACUCGGAAAAUAGCAAAGGCUUUAGCUUAAUAUAGUAUCUCUGCCAACAGUCAGAGGGAGCAUAGACAACACUCUCGGUUUUCCUCACAGCAACGGCUCUGUUACGAUCUGUUGUCUCACCACCACCACCACCACAGCCCAUCAUAGACCAUGAAUAAUAAAAGAUCCACUGUGGUUAUUUUAACCAAAGCCAAUCCAAGAGUUAUGAA